AUGUUUUCCCCUAGCGAAUUCACUGUUACCUUCGCCUAUCAAUCUCAAAACAUACCCUUCUCUGAUUGGAUCUCCCUUCUCACCGUUUGCCUUGCUCCUCUUCUGGCUCACAUCAUGAGUGGCGCUCCGGAGCCCAUUGUCCUGACCGAUGAUCCGCCCCAUUGGUCGGACCGGCUCUACCUCUGGAAUCCAAUGACAAUAACUUGGAGAUACUUCAUCAUCGUUGACCGCCGUAUGCGGGCAACAAACUGGACUCCGAGGAGCAUGGCCGACAUCAAUGCCGUUUUUUGGACCGAUUCCGGCUGGCGCGGAUGCGACUACCUGGAGGAGAACCCGAACAUAAUAUGCACCAAGCUUCCGAGCGGUACAGCUAUUCCCUGGAUCUCGUCCUCCGCCGCGAAGACAUUGAUCGUCACGCUUCAGGGCUUCCAGAUAGUAUACCUGUGCAUGCUCGCCUUGUUGGAACGCACCUUCCAGAUCUCAAUCCGGUCGAUAUUCUUCGCAAUCUCCUUCAUCAGUCUGCUCCGGCUCCCAGCCGCACCGUGGCUGACAGAAGAGUUCGGCUACUGCAACACGUCAAAGCAAGACUCAGAAAACUCCUGCUGGCAACAAUCGGAUCCUAUUGCGCCUCCGUCACCGCCGUCGUCGUCGCCGCUGCGCCCGCAGAGCUCGCGCGGAGCGCUCGUCCUGCGCGCCUACUUCUUGCUCUGGAACACGUGCUCGCUCGCGCUCAAUAUCCUGUUCUGGUUCUGCCCCGGCCCGCUGUGCCCCGUCUGCCGCAGCAGCACGGCGUUCCUACGGCAGAUCGUAUUCCUCGCCAUCAUCAUCGGCAAGACAACCCUGUUCUACCUGUACAUUGUUACCGGGCAGACAGCAUCGCCGAUCCUCCCGUGCCAGAACGCGCGCUGGUAUAAGGCGUACACGUGGCUGCUGGUGGUUCUGUCUUUGGCCCUGCUGUUCGUCAGUGUGCUCGAGACGAGAAGGGACGAGGAUGGGGACUACACGUCGGUUCCGGACAUUCCAGCGUGCAGAUAUAAGAAAGUGUGGGAGACUGCGUAA